CGACAGCUGGAUCGACCUGAAAUGAAUCUCUCCUUUCAGUCACAAAUUAUCCUUAACCCUAGCCUGCAGUGCGUCUGGUGGGUCUUGUCGAUAAUAUCCUGCUUGAUAAAGAAAAUGCUGCAGAUGAACAGUGGUUCUAUGGAUAUGGAAACAGGAGCAAUGGCACAGGCAGUUAUUUCAGGACUACGUAUGAUGGAUCAAAAUUGAGCGAUCAUGCAUUGCCAAGAAAUCACAAAGAUUAUGCAAACCCAGUCCUCUCUGAGGCACUGAAAUCAGAUUCAUCUUACACAGUGACUGUGCAAUUUGUUAAAAAUCCCUCUGAAUUCUGGGUUCAGACGGAAUGGGCUAUGGAUAGACACGAUGCAAUGCAGAUGGAAAUGUCUGAAAUGUAUUACUGUGGGAGAGGAAAUGAUUUAUCCAUCCAAAGUCCAAAAGUGGGCAUUUUGUGUGCAGCCCUGAUCAAGCGUGGUAUCUAUCGCGCACUUGUCAAAGGAGUCCAUGGCACAAAAGUUCAAGUGUAUUUUGUUGACCAUGGAAAUGAGGGAAUAGUGGAUCAGCAAAACCUCAGGAUUCUCUGCCGUGAUCACCAAACUCUGCAAGCUCUUGCAAUCAAAUGCUCCCUCUCUGAUAUAAGCCCAAUUGAUCAAGACUGGAGUCAAAAGGCAAUAGAUUUCUUUGUGGAUGAGACUAGACAGAUAUUGUUGAACAUGCAUGUUAGUGCACAGUGUCAAGACAAAAACACGAUAGAGUUAUUUUUCAAGACUGCUGGUCUAAAAUCCAUCAAUGAAAUGAUGUGGAUUGAAGGCCUUGCUGUAAAAGAUGUGGCAGAUGACCGCUUUUCACCAAGACCAGACUCUGGUUGCUCCACAGCGGAGGGCUCCGGAGAAGACUGGACAGAGGGGGACAGCAUGAGAAGCAAUGGUACAUGUGAUUUUGUGAAUGGUCAUACCAAAACUGUUCUCAAAGAGAAUUUAUUCACCAUUGGAAGGUCUGCCCAAGUUGUCGUUUCUCACGAAGAGGGGCCAGGUAAAUUCUGGUGUCAGCUAAGUCAGUGUGUCCUCAGUCUUCAGAGGCUGAUGGAAGAGCUACAGAACCACUAUGCGCAAAGCAAGCCUGUGCAGCCUAGUGGACCAGACUGUGUGGUUCUUCACCCCCACAGUAGUUUGUGGCACAGGGGGCGAAUAGUAAAACUCCACUCCUUCCCGCAUGUUGAUGUACAACUUGUCGACUAUGGUAAUACGGUCAGCGUGACCCUUCAAGAGUUGCGGCCUUUAGAUUCAGCUUUUGCAGAACUCAAGUGCCAUGCUUUUCAGUGCAGAUUGGUUGAUGCAACAUGCCCAUCGAAACUGCCCCCUCCAGAAUGGACUGGGUCUGCUGUGACUGAAUUCUGCAAUUUCAUCCAUUCUGCACCAGCGUCCACUCUGAAAUGCACAAUAUAUGGAAUAAUGUAUGAUUCAGAAGGCACUGUGAACAAUCUGGUGGAUCUAGCAUCUUCAUCGUUUACUUUUGUUCAGUCCCAGAGUGCCUCCGCUUCCAUAUCCCAGAGAGACCCAAAAGAGUGCUCGGCUCCUGAAAUGAAGGAAGGGUCCCAGGAAAAGGUCUGGAUAACCUGUGUUAAAGAUGUGCAUCAAUUCUAUGGCCAACUGGUGAGGCACUCUGAUGAAAUUGAAAAACUCAAUGAAAAGAUAGAAUUGUUCUGUCGUCAGCCACAUGGUCUCAAAUGCUCCCUUUCUCCUGGUUCCCCAUGCUUUGCAAAGUACAGUGAUGGUCAGUGGUAUAGAGGACGGGUGAAAAUAACACAACCUAUCCUUUUGGUGCAUUUCCUUGACUAUGGCGACAUUAUAGCUGUAAAACAAUCAGACAUACUCCCUGUUCCUGAUGAUGCAAGUGAGAUCAUGUCCUUUCCAGUUCAAGCCGUGGAAUUUAAUUUGUCAGAUGUGCCCGUAGACACAAACAGUGAAGUCAAUAAAUGGUUUGACAAUAAUGCCACUGGCCAACGCUUCACAGUUAAAGUGUUGGAAAAAUAUCCUGAUGGAAAGUACACAGUGGAUCUCUAUGACGGUAAAUUAAAUGUGAGCAAGGCAAUCAAGGACAAGGCGCAAAGAACAAGACCGGGAUCUCUCAAAGUACCGGACCAUCCUUCACUGCUGCAUGGUCCAUCUACUGCUGGAGAGCACAAAAUGUCAGACCAGAGUGCACCAUUUAUAAACAGGAACCAGCAUAAAGGCAGCCAUGUUCAUUCUGGGCCAUGUUCUAUCUCCCUUCCCAAACUGAAUGAUCUUCCUGACCAACUCAUUACACCAGAUGUUGAAACAGAAGUCUAUGUUUCCCAUGUAAACUCACCAGACAGUUUUUUUGUCCAGUUGGUGGAGGAUGAAGACCAGAUUCAUUCUCUUGUGGAGCAGGUAAAUGUGGACCAACCAAGCAGUGACCCUGUGGGUGUGAGUACUUUACAGGAGGGCGAUGUGGUGGGUGCCAUAUUCCCUGAAGAUGAGUCCUGGUACCGGGCAGUCAUCAAGAAGGUGAACAGCGAUAGCUCAGUCCUUGUGGAAUUCAUUGAUUUUGGUAACCAAGCAACUAUUACAUCUAACCAGAUGAGGCGCCUAGAGAAGAGUUUCCUGGAAGUCCCUAAACUCUGUGUCCACUGCUGCCUUUAUGCUGGUUCCAGUUUACUGUCUGCUAAAGAAUGGAUGAUUAAAUUGAGAGAAACAACUGCUGAUGGAGAAGCUAAGAAAAUUAGCUGUGUUUUCAUCAAAAAGUUUGGCCUUGCCUGGAAGAUCCGUCUGCUUGAUUCUGAUGUUGCUGAACUCAUAGAUCAAAGGUCCCAAGAUUCUGCUCUGAUGGUUCUGUGAGGAGUACAUCAGUGUUGGAACCAACAGCAGCCAAGUGGGAUGAAACUGGGAUAAUCAAGAGAGGGGCAGCAUCACCACCUCAUCGGAUGAGGUAGUCAUCGGGAUCAAAAUUCUGCGACAACCACUAAUGAAUAUGUUUUGAAUUAUUUGAUUUCUAAAGGCACUUUACCGGAUUCAAAUGAUGGUUAUGACAAACUUUUAAUAUAUGUAGGCCUAUGCAUUUGGAAAUUUAAAUCAGAUUCUUGAGAGCUGUCCGGUUUUAAAGCAAGUUGUUGAGUGUGGCUGUACAGUACAUGAAAUGUUUAAAUAAAACCUAAUAUGUAUGACGUCUGACACUUUAGUCUUAAGCCCUUUACUGUAACCUUGAAGUUAUUAUUGUCACAAAUCUGAAGUGGGGGUGCAUUCUAGUAGAUCGUCUGCAGGCGGCAGUGACGGACUGUUCUGCAAGUUAUGUGGGGCGAAUUUUGUUAUGUCAAGGAGUACCCAGAUCUAUUCACACCGCACAGAAAUUGGCAUGGCUAACUUGGGACCUAGUUUUACAAGGUAGCUUAGGCCUAUAUCAUAUAAUGUAUAUAUAUUAAAAUCUCGAAAGAGACAAAUGAAUGUCCAUCUUAGUCCACCUUAUCCUGCAAGGUUACGAACGCAACUGGCAACGCCAAGACACAAACAUUGUAACUAAGGAAGAGACGGAUGUUGAAGUAGGAGAGCCUUAAAGUGAUGUCAGAACUCCAUCAGGCUGCAGCAUCAGGGAAUACUGAUCUAGUAGAGGACAUUCUGAGGCAGAACAGAUAUGAUCCCAAUCAGAGGGAUGUCGAUUGGAACAACAAGACUCCAUUGCACUGGGCUGCUGCUCGAGGUCAGGCAGAGAUGGUGCGUGUCCUGAUCGAGCAUGGAGCUCGGCCAUGUCUUUGUACAGAGAGUGGAUGGACUGCAGCUCACUAUGCAGCAGAGGCCGGGCGACUCCAGGUGCUGCGGAUGCUCCAUUUCUUCCAUGCACCUCUGGACAAAGAAGACUGCUGUGGGGACAAGCCCAUCCGGAUUGCGGAUAUUUAUGGCCACAAGGAAUGUGUGCAGUUCCUUAAAAGAGCAGAGGCGGAGCACCAGGAGUAUCGCCGUUCAGCUUUGCUAUCAGGAUUAUCUCUGGAUGACACAGAUGAAGAAUGGGAGGAUCAAAAGAAGGCCACAGACCACCAAAGGAUGCCAAAGAGUAUGAAGGCAAACCCGCCACAGAUGAAAUCAAAGAUUAACACUUAGGCAAGCAGUAAGAAGAAUGAAUAACCCCUGAAAUUCAUGGACAGCACAAGAAGUCACAUAUAACAUGGUACCAAUACCCUCUAAAGUAAUUGUUAUAACACAAAUGUGGAGCCUUACCUGAAAUGCAUUGCACACCGUAAAAGCAUAGUUCACAAUCUCAGACAUGGGUGUUGAAGUGUGGUCAGUCACCAGAACAGCGAAUCCAAAAACCCAUGUCACUCCAAAGAUUGGAGUUAGGAAGAUCACAGCUUUAAGGAUGCUUCUGAUGACUUCUUUGUCAUCUUGAGUACUGCCUUCAGACACAGCUGGUGUCAACAGUUUUGCAAUUACCACCAGCAUGGACAUC